UAACAUCAACCAGACUACACAGUGCAACAACCCAGAAGACAGAAAUCUUAAUAUCAGUACUGUCUACGGUCUCUUACAGCUAAGAGUUCUAACUCUGUGUUGCUGCCUCUCCAACUUAAACAUGGCCUUUGCAAUUGUUCUAGCCUUGUGAGCCUUAAUUGCAUCUUCAUACUAGCUUAAGGAGUUUGUCUUGAUGCCAAGUUUUUCAUAGUCCAGAUGCCUUCACAUGCCAGGCAAUGAAAUUAAUUGUGUGUCUUGACAUAUUAAUAUGAAGAAUAAAUGCAGAUGAAUUGCCUGACACCUCCUGCAAUAGAUAAUAUAAGUGCGGGUGAUUCUUGAUUGUGUGAAUUAUAUAUAUGAAUAGUGUCCUACUCGUAAAAUGAAGUCAAGAUGAAGCUCUUAUAAUCAAGUGGUCACAAGUGUCUGGCUAUAGGCUGCAGCAAUGAAGCAUCAGUUCAAAAGUAAUAUUUGGACAGGAAUAACUGGUGAUCUCCUCAUAUGAGCUUAUGAGUUAGUGUUUCAACUCUUAGGGCAUCUUAUUUACAUUUUAAACAGAAUUCCCAAAAAUACUGUUGGCUGUACCACUGGCAAUGUAACAUACUGUGUGGUUUACGCAUGGUGAAGCUCCUGUUCAUUUUACCUGCAACAUAAAGCAGCUUUUGGACUCUUAUCAGACAUGCUGAUACAAAAAUGAAUGUGCUUCUAAUAAGCUGUUUUACUUGUCUCAUUUGAUUUACUGAUGCUUCCAGUUCUCACUAAUGAAGAGGUUGCAACUGAGCCCUGCCGGCUCUCGUGACUGGAACCAAAUUAUCCCAGGCCUGGAGGUGGAUGUGGACAGAAGAGAAACAGCUGUAGUGACUUCACUGGAGUUUAAUGGCUUAAAAACAAUGGAGAGAGUAAUGGCAGAACUAAAGGAGAUAUUUGGUGACUCUGGUCACUCUCCAACUUUACAUGACCUACAGAACAUGAACUACUUAGAGCAGGUCAUCAAAGAAACACUCAGACUUUUCCCUACUGUUCCUAUUAUUGGGAGAAAAAUCAGUGACCUCAAUAUAGGCCAGAAAUAUUCAGUGCUGAUGUUGAAAUCAUCACUGUCAACUCUACUGAGAAAUUACAAACUACUGGUCGGUGUUACACCUCUAGUCCUGGCUAAUGAAAUUAUACUGAAAUCACUGUCUGGAAUCUGCAUCAAUCUUGAGAGGUGAUGAAGAUCUGAAAGACAGAAACAAUGCAGGGGAAAUAAUAGUUAUGAUGGUCAAAAGACACUGCUAUAAAAUAAGCACUGCAGACGUAAGGUUUACUGAUAACUAUACAGAGGGAGUUUAUUUUACAGUUGUACUUAUAUCACUGUCAAUUUCUGGCCAUUAAAUGUUUGUAAAAGAGCCCUGAUCAUAAACAGA